GCCAGGCAUGGCGCACGGGCCCGGGCGCUGCCGCUGCUGCGGGGAAGGGGCCGCGGGGCCCGCGGGGCGCGGGGCGGCCUGGGGGCUCUACCUGCGGAUCGACCGGCAGCGCCUGCAGUGCCUGAACGAGCGCCGCGAGGGCAGCGGCGCCCUCGUCUUCCGCGCCUGGGAGGAGCGCGGCGACCGCGCGCGGUUCGUAGAGAGCGACGAUGACGAGGAGCUGCUGUUCAACAUCCCGUUUACAGGCAACGUGAAGUUAAAAGGAGUGAUCGUGAUGGGAGAAGAUGACGAUUCACACCCGGCAGAGAUGAGGCUGUUCAGGAACAUUCCUCACAUGUCCUUUGAUGACACAGCCAGAGAACCAGAGCAGACCUUCAGCCUGAACCGGGAUCCCACGGGAGAGCUGGAAUAUCCCACCAAAGUUGCCCGUUUCUCCAACGUUUACCACCUCUCCAUCCACUUCCCAAAGAACUUUGGAGCGGAGACAACAAAGAUUUUUUAUAUCGGCCUGAAAGGAGAGUGGACAGAGGCUCAUCGCCACGAAGUCACCAUCUGCAAUUACGAGGCCUCAGCAAACCCAGCCGAUCACAAGUUGGAACAAGUCACCCCCCAGACUCACUUCAUCUCCUAACAGGGCUGCCGGGAACCUCCCGAAGGCCGUGGCAGGGCUGUCCGGACCAGGGGCCGCCUCUGGCCGGAGUGACUCCCGGCAGGCCUGGAGGGCGCUGCCUCGGCCUUAGGUUUCGGGCUGUGCCUCGGGAAGCCGAGUGCUGCUGGCGGCGGCUGCGCUCUGCCCGCGGCAGAGCCGCUCUCGAGCCCGCGGCGGGCUGGCGUCCGGUACCGUUUCACUGCUCUGAGUGACAAUAAAAGAGGCGCCGAGGCGCGGA